AUGGCAUAUUUACCUAUUUCAGACUUAACAAAAUCAUCAUCCCGUUCAGCCACAAUUGUUGCUAAGGUGGUACACAAAUGGUUUGUACCAAGCAACGAUGGCUCAAGGCUUCCUCUGUUGAUGGACUUCGUCUUAAUGGAUAAUAAGGGAUCUAAAAUUCAUGCAUCUGUCAAACGGGAACGCGUCUACAAGUUCGAUUCAGCAAUUGUUGAAGGAUCGGUGUACUCAAUAAGCAAAUUUAAUGUUACCGAUUCAACUGGCCCAUUCAGACCUGCCCGACAUGCACACAAAUUGACUUUUGAAUUGGAUACAAAAGUCAUCCCUGUGCCUGCCAACAGGGUUGAUUCGCUGAAUGCUUUCUUAAGUUCUGGAAAUGGUGACAAUGCUGUAGUAGUUCUUCACAUGGCAAAAGUCAACAUUUUUAAUGGUAAGAUCAACUUGCAGAAUGCAUACAACACCACAAAACUUCUGUUCAAUCCUGAUUUUCUGGAGGCAGUAGAGUACAAACAACGCUUCAUAGACAAUUCAGAAAAUGUCUCUAAGUCUCUAACUCAAUUGAGUGAUCCAGAAAAAAUUUCAGAGGAAGAUGAGUUUCCGAAAGGAGGACCCAGAAAGACAAUUUCUGAAGUUAAGCAAUGGAAGAUGCGUUCUACCUGCAUUGUCAUAGCCACAAUCAGCGAUAUUGAGGAAAGUGGUUCUUGGUAUUACAUGGCUUGCAAGUGCAACAAGUCUGUAUCAGAGGACUCUGAACUAUAUUUUUGUGCAAACUGUAACAGGCACGUGGUCAGAGCCAGUGUCACAUCUAGGUUCUGCAUACGAGUGUCUGUUGUUGAUGACUCUGAAUCGGCGACCUUUGUAAUAUUUGAUCGGGAUGCUGCUUCCCUUUUGAAAACAACGUGUCAAGCCCUAAUUGAUAUCUACAAAAAGGCUGUCGAAUGUUCUGGGAGUUCAGUUUCACAUGAUAAGAUUGGAUCUGAGGAGUCUGCUGCCAAAAAAGGGACAGACUCAAUUUCAAAACCCGCCUCCGGUGUGAAUGUUGCUGACGUGGCAAAUGACAAAUUGGGUUCCCUUUCAAAGGACCUUUCACAAUCUUUUGAGGAUUCUGAUGCUACUAAGGUCGUGGACUCUACUGCAUGCGCCCAGUCCGAAGUAUGCUCUAAAAAGAACCCUUUUACUCCUACAAAGCGAUUGGUGGAUGAGAUAGGAACUUUGCAGCCCCCGGAGAGGACUACAAACAAGUUGAAGAAGGUCAUCAAGCAGGAGAAGGAUUGA